GUUGCCUCUAGCACUGUCCUUGCGAAUGGAGCCAGCUGUGAUGCUAGUUAGCUAGCUGUUGUGUACUGAAUUGUUUUGCACUUUUCUUUUAUACAUUUACACAUACCAAUAUUGGGAUUCGGGUGUAAACUCUGUGACGCCAUGGCAGCUAAGAUUUUUCCAGUGCUGAAGUUAGCCACAAAAGUGGGCAUUGCAGGAGGGGCUGUUUACGUGGCCUAUGAUUUAGGACUUCUUACUGGGGGCGCUGAGGGUGCUGAGGCUCUAAGCAAAGCUAAAGCAGCCAUCCCUCCUGCCGUGGACGAGUGGACAAAAUACUUUGGCUUGGAGCUUCCUGCAGCACCCAAAAUCGAAUUUUCCCCGUGUGACGCAUGGAACUCAGGGGUGCGGAAAUCCAUCCAGGCUUUAUCAGUUGCUCCGUGUGUGGCGAGCGAGUACACCAGUCAAGGCAUGCAGUAUGUUAAGGACCUCAUUAAGUAAACACUUACUUUCUCAUGGAUAUAGCUGACUGCAAUGACACAUCCUGCAUGUAAGCUGAACAACGAGUGGCACAUGUGGAAAAUCUCAUAUAUACAAGUCUCAUACUUCAAAGGCAAAAUUCAAGGGAAAAGCUGAAGAUGUGGUAAAAUUACAAUAAAUUUUUUUUUCUUUUCUUUUUUUUUUUUAAAUACCUGUUCUAAAGGUAUUUAAGUAAAAUUAAUAAAUGAGUAUAGUUUUAUGAAUAUAAAGAUGAACAAGGCUAGAUUGUUGCUAUUAUUGCAUUUAAUUUUUCCCUUCACUUUCUCAGAAGAUCUGCAGUUUGCUAUGUUAACUAAUGUACUCUGUUGACUGUAAAAUAAAGUAUGCUCUUAUUUGGGA